UUCCACGCAGUCUACUGUAGCACAUGAUACAAAAAUGUUUGCUGGACUAAGAAUAAAAUAAAUACAAAUUAAUAAAAGAUAAAAGGGACUUUGAUGUUAUAAAUACCAUUGCUGCUUCUUUGUACAUAAUCUAGGGCAACUUUUUUUCUUGACUUCUUGUAAAGUUUGCAUCACACAAAAAGCUGAUGACUCAUAAAACAUUAUUUUAUUUUUUGGAAUAAGCUGCUGACAUGUAAAGUAUCUUCCUUGUGAACUGGGAUUUCUAGAGGGAAACUGCCUAUGGGUUAUUUAUUCCUGGCAUAAACAGUGAGACUAGCCAGCCCCGUGGGAAGAAGAAACACCCCAGAGGUGGCACCCGCUUGGAAGGUAUAAAUAGGGAUCUGCGGCAGCGACCAACCUGCAGUCUGAUUCCGUAUCACGCUCUGCAUCUUGCUUUGGGCUUUGGGUUGGAUUUGCAGCUGUCCUCACAAUGAGUUGUAGUAUUAAGCAGACAACUGGCUCUCUCAGGGGCAGGACCAGCGGUGGCAGCUGUGUUAUUGGUGGUGGUGGUGGUGGUGGAGGAGCGCGGAUUUCCUCGGUCUCCUCUGGAAGAUACACGACUUGUGGGAUAGGCAGUAGCCGAGGGUUCUCUGGGAGAAGCUACUGCAGUGGUGUGAAUUACGGAGGAGGACUGAGCAGCGGCAGUCUGGUCGGUGGGAGCUAUGGAGGUGGCUUAGGAGCCACUGUCCUCGGAGGAUGUUCAGGCAUUGGAUUCAGCGGUGGCAGUGCCCGCUUUGGUGGUGGCAUUGGAGGUGGCCUUGGUAUCGGCAUUGGUGGAGGGGUAGUUGGAGGGGGUUUUGCUGGUGAUGGCAUUCUUCUUUCUGGUGACGAAAAAGUCACCAUGCAGAACCUUAACGACCGCCUGGCUUCUUACCUGGACAAGGUGAGGUGCCUGGAACAAGAAAAUGCUGACCUGGAGUGCAGAAUCAGGGAGUGGUACGCCAAGCAGGGCCCCUUUUGUGAGCCACGGGACUACAGCUGCUAUUAUAAAGAGAUAGAAGAUCUUCAGAACCAGAUUGUCUGUGCAACCAUAGACAACAACAAGAUCAUUCUGAACAUCGACAACAGCCGGAUGACAGCUGAUGACUUCCGAGUGAAGUACGAGACGGAGCUGGCCCUUCGCCAGAGCGUGGAGGCUGACAUCAACGGGCUGCGCCAGGUCCUGGACCAGCUGACGCUCUGCAGGUCCGACCUGGAGGCACAGCUGGAGUCGCUGCGGGAGGAGCUCUGCUGCCUGAAGAAGAACCAUGAGGAGGAAAUGAACUGUCUGAGGAAACAGUCAACUGGAGAUGUGAGUGUGGAGGUCAAUGCCUGUCCUGGCCCUGACCUCAGGAAGAUUCUGGAGGAGAUGAGGUGCCAGUAUGAGACACUGAUUGAACGCAAUCGCAAAGAAGUGGAGGAUUGGUACGAGUGCAAGAUCGAGGAGGUGAAUCGGGAGGUUAUCACGAGCGGUCAGGAGGUGGAGACGUGCAACAAUCAGGUCACCGAGCUGAGGCGGCAGCUGCAGGCCCUGGAGAUCGACCUGCAGGCUCAGCUCAGCCAGAGGGACAACCUGGAGUCCUCUCUGGCUGAGACAGAAUGCCGUUACAACAACCACCUCGGUGAGCUGCAGACUCAGAUCACAUGUGUGGAGCAGCAGCUGGCGGACCUGCGGGCGGAGAUGGAGUGCCAGAACCAGGAGUACAAGAUCCUGCUGGACGUCAAGUGCCGCCUGGAGCAGGAGAUCCACACCUACCGCUGCCUGCUGGAGGGUGGACAGCAGGACCUCAUUCAGCAAGGAGGAAUUAGUCAGUUGUCGGGUCUAGGAGGAGGAGUUGCACGAACAGGAGGAAUAGGAGGAGGAGGCAUCAUCCGAACAAGCCACACGUACACUUCGUCUGCCCAGAUGCCAUCCUGUGCAGCUGCGGAGAUACAAGUGCCUUGCAGAAGGAUUUGUGAUUAAGCAAAGAAAAGAGAAUAUCCAAUGAGAGAUCCCUGAAGCAGAGCCACGGAUAAAGAGAGAAUAUUUACUGUAUGCCUUUGCAAAGAGCAAGGAACUGCUCCUUUGUAUUACUCAGCAAUGCUACGCGAUGUGCCAGAGGGAUAAGCAGAGCGUUGGGCCACAUUCUGCUUUAUUUUGCUAUUUGCUUUUUCCAAUCUGUAUUGCUGCACCAGCCCAACCACCAUGGCUGCUGCUGGAGGUCUCCAGUACUAUGAUCACUAAUGCACCUGCUGGUGAAAAAAACUUCUCUAAUAAAACUGUGCUUCUGCAUGAUGCAAUCAACAAAGCCAUGUCCACACUCUGAUUCCUGCAGCCAUACAGGUGCUGCCCAUAUGCUUCCAUGUUUUGCUAAAACACACCUAUAUACAAAUAUGUGGGAAAAUAAGGAGAGCUUAGCCUGGCUGAAAGUCAGUGCCAGAACAGGGAUAUCAUGUCCUUCAGCUCUGACAGUGUGGUGUGACCCUAACCCUAACCCAAGCCCUAACUCUAACCCUAACCCCCCCACCUGGGGAGUGGGGUUGGUUGGAAGAGAAGCCCUUGGUCUUCACUAUCAGUGCCAGUUUCUGCUGGUUUGGUUUUCUGUCAUGUUCAGAGCCAUCCCUUUCAUUUUAUAGGAACCUUUCCACUGGGAACAGGACUGGUGGCAAAAGGUUCAUUUCUUACCUGCUCUCGCGUAGCCACUGAGGCACAUCAUCCUAUUUCAAAAAGUUUCAGCCUGAACAUCAGAAACUGCUGACAGAUCAUCUUGACACUUAGCACACCUUCCAAGAACUGGCAGAGGCAGUGGGAGCUGAAAAUGUGCAGUUCCACAGAAAACAUGAUGGAGAAAACACCAGCUAGGGUCUUUCAGUACCCAGAGCCAUUAUUUCUUAAAGCUCAGAAGCAAGACAAGGGCCCCUCUGCCUCUGGGCCCCAGAGUGACCUGCAGCUGAUGUGGAGUCAGUGUGGAUGGGCACAGCAGCAUGCAUGCCUCUUGAUGCUGACCUGCACAGAAGAGCAAGUGCAGCAGUUUGGCAACUUGGGGCCCUGCAGCACUUCUGGUGGGUGUAAUCAUGGGAUGCGUCCACAGAGAGCUUAUAGAGUCAUUCUGGGUUUGGAGAACAUUCAGAGAAAAGCUGGAAUGAACUGGGGGUGUUUUGGGGAUUAGAAUGUUUGCUGGACCAGACAAGCAAGCAAUGAUUUUACACAUUCACUCCUCCCCACAGCUUUACAGCUACAGCCCUGGACACGGGCUGUACCCCUGGUGCACUGCCUUGUAUUGGGUACAGAAAGUCACAUUCACAUGUUCACACAUUCCCCUAAGGGUGCCUCAGCACAGCAUCCCCUGCCUUGCUGCCAAGCUGGAGACAUGAAGCAGUCACUCCCCAGGGAGGGGAAAGGCCACAGAGACAAAAACAUUUCAGGACCAAGCACACAGUGCAGCGUGGCACACUUCUGCAGCCUCAGUCUUCAUAUGGAAACUGAUUUCUCUACAGAAAUAUAUUCACUAUAACACGGAACCUUCCAGAUCAGUAGCACUAUUCAGGGACCAGAGCAAAGUGAGACAUUGCAGCAUGGAACAGCUGCAAUAAUGACACAUCAGUGGGUGUUUUCAAAGCAAGACUCUACAUCAAGUCUACAUCAAGACGAGUUCCAUGCCCAGGGAAAGUCUUGGACUUGAUGGAAGACGUGUACAGCGUGUGCUUCCCAGGAGACUGAAGGAGACACUCAUUGUGGUUACAGAGGAGAAGUUCCACUGCUGGACUCCUCAGUGCAUAUCCAUCCCAGUUCUCAGAGCUGGGGCUGUGAAGAAGUCACAAAGCAGAUCUUCUCAUGUUCCUUCCCCACUGUAUUCCCCUGCCUUGCUCAGUGCCAAGGCAGACAGUAAGACAAUCUGCUGCCCUUUCUGGUCUUGUCCUUUCCCAUAUAGCAGUCCUUCACUCGCUCAUUGCUACAACUAUGAAGACCCUGCACUGACACACUUCCAGCUUUAAGUCUCCUGGAAUCUCCAGGCUGCCCCAGGAGCAGAAGAGCUGUGCUGCCUUCCUUCUCCUGUGAACUGCUGCUGACA